AUGAAUGACCACAAACCAGCCACUCCGCUCAACGCCAAGCCAUCCCCCUCACACCCCAAGGUGCAGUACAGCGCACAGCCCCAGAUGUAUGACAGUGCACCUCGGAAGCUUUUGGCUGGGAACCGGGAGGCUGGCUUUAAACCUGGUGACCAGCCUUCAACAAAUUCUACAGCCACCCAACCAGAGAUUCAGAGAAUCCUCCACGUUAUGGGGGAGGCUGAACAGCUGGAGCAAGAGGUUGACGAAUUUGUAGGAAAAAAGACAGAUAAAUCCUACCGGCUUCUGGAGGAGAUGUUGACCAAGCUGCUGUUGGAACUGGAUUCCAUCGAGACUGGUGGCCAGGACAGUGUUCGGCAGGCCAGGAAAGAGUCCGUCCACAGAAUUCAGGCCAUACUGGAAAAACUGGAAAGAAAGGGAUUGUGA